AUGUCGGACCAGCUCCGCACGACGCUGGAGAAGCUGGUUGAGCGCGAGAAGGCGCGGGUGGCGCGCGACUACGCCAAGUCGGACCGGAUGCGCGACGAGCUGCAGGCGGCGGGCAUCUUCGGAGGCGGCGGCCCGCCGCAGCCUCCUUCGCAGGGCGGGCCAGGCUUCGGCGGCCAGGGCGGCGGCGGGUACGGCGGCUACUAG